AACAAAUAGAAUGUCUAAAUUAUAAGUUGAACUCUUCAACUUUCUCAUUCUGUUCAAUGGAAUCUUGAUUUAGAGGGCUAAGUGGGACAGCCGCGGCCUAAUUGUCUGAAUUUUCUGUAACGGCAGAGAUUAAAAUCCUCCGUUUUAACACCGAAUAGGCAAAUGAAAGCCUCAAAUUUCUUUCUUUAAGAUCUUCUGCAGAGGGAAGGUAGUUGCAGUUAUUAGACUUAAACGUAGGGAUUUUUAAAGUUCAUGUUUGGAUUAUGGUUGGAUGGAUCCUACGAAUUUGAAGCCUGUUAACCCUGUGUUUGUUAACACAAGGAAGGCUAUCUUAGACAAAUUGGGUGAUGGUGGAUUGCAGAAUAAGAAGCACCACUUUGUUUUGGUUCAUGAAGGAGGCCAUGGAGCCUGGUGUUGGUAUAAAACUGCUGACCUAUUGCAAAAAUCAGGCCACAAGGCCUCUGUCUUUGAUUUAGCUGGCUCUGGCCUUCAUCCCACACAUCCUUCCAAAGUUUCCACAUUUGAAGAAUAUUUACAACCUCUGUUGGAUGUUCUUCAAUCAAUUAAACACCCAGACAAGGUGGUUUUGGUGGGUCAUGGAUUGGGGGGAAUGGCGUUGGCAUAUGCCAGUGAGAUUUUUUCAACUAAGAUUGCGGUUGCAGUGUAUCUGGCAGGUCUGAUGCUGCCAGGAGGAUUGCAAUUGCUAAAACAAGAGAUAAACAAGCUAGAAGCCAACAAGGAGGAUGACAAUCCCAUAGAAUUCAUAUGGGAGCAGGCAACAACACCAACCUUUUUGUCUAAAGAAGCAUGCAAAGAAACUCUCUAUAAUAUGAGUCCAUCUCAGGAUAUUCAAUUGGCUUCCACUUUGUUAAGGCCUAUUCCUUUGGCUGUACAGACAGCAAAGGUAGAAACAAGUGAUAAAAGAUAUGGGUGUGUGUCCAGAGUAUACAUAAAGACCAAUGCAGAUAGAGCCUGCCCUGUGAAGGCUCAAGAGGCCAUGAUCAAGAUGAACCCUCCUCACAGAACUCUAUACCUCAACUGUGAUCACAGCCCAUUUUUCUCUGCAUCUCAAGAACUUCACCACAUGUUGUUGGGUAUUGGAAAUACUUAUGACAGGUGACAUAAAUGUGAAAAUUCAAUUGUAAAAGUCUUUGCAUGUUACGUAUGGAUUGAUUAAACCCAUAUUUGUAGCACAAUAGAACAUGGGGAUUUGUUAUACUUUUUCAAUUAUUUCAGAGAUGCCCUCAUUUUCAAAGGCAUUCAUGGACUUUGAGAACCAUGUUUUCUUUGU